AUGGCAUUAUUCAACACGAGGAAGAAUCUUACGGAUCUUGUUCCUAUAAUACGAUGGCAGCUAAAACACCUGUCCGUCUUUGGUACCGUUUCGGAUCCGAUUGACUCCUAUUUUAUUGGACUACAAUUGUUCACUUUUAUGCGGCACCUCGGAACCCUCAAUCCGAAGAAAUCACAAUCUUCCUAUGAAAUCAGGCCGGCUCAAGAAGACAAUUUUUCUGUCUCACUGAUGGGCGCUUUCAACGGUUCACCUAUGAAUUUCACUCAAGGGAUACUCACUCUUUUGGAUGGUUCCAGCGACUUUCUUCAAGGAUUGAAUUUUACUGUUGCUCCGCGUGUGCCCUCAGUUGGGUGCUUUGUGGCAACACUGACCCAGAUUUCUUACCGAUUAUCAGAGUUGCGGGAAAACAGUUCCACGGAUGGUAUCACACUCAGCAUUGAGAAGUUGGAAAGGAAUGUAAGCAAUCCGCCGGGGGCCCAAGUUGCUGUUUGUCUAAACAGUUCUUUAAAUGAGUCGUUGCACUUAACAGUAAGAGGUCAAACAGGCUGGGAACUGCAGAGCAUACCCAAAAGUGCCUUCGUCUCGACUAGCGUUGUCAGCAUUACUGAGGACAACGUAGUCCACUUUGUACUGGCCAUGGAACAGUAUGCUGGGUGCCUUGAGUUCCUGUACACACAAACGGCAAUCAUGAGCUUUGCUCACCCGAUGAAAGUGAUAGCUAAAUCGUCCACCCCUGUGGGAUCACGGAAGACCGAAGCGUUUUAUCUGUUACCAACGUCGGAUAACCCAUCGGACAUACGCCCAUCAUUCAGCCAAUCCCAUCGUUGGACAUCGAAAAAGGACUGCCGCAACUUCAGGGUACGGCCAUUCGAAUACUGGAACGCUAUGAGAAACUUCUCAGGAGACGUGAAGACCAUCUGUAAAGCACCCGUGUUUUUGUUUCACCUUCAAAUCAAGGAUGCUUGGCUGCUUGUAGCCCACGUUUCCGCUAAGAGAGAAAUAUGUAUUUGGCAACUUCAAAUCAGUCGCUUAUGGAGUCAGUGCUUUGGCGGUUUGAAAGAGUGGACGAUUGUCAACACAGUUACAGAUGAGUUUAUACAGCAGCUAUCGAUCGAACAAACCCUUGAAUUCAUCAGUCGAUCACCGAAUACGUUGACGCUUGAUGGAGCGGAGUUUGACGAGUUUCUGUUUGCAAAUGAGGCAAACGGAUGCAGAAAUUUGCCCGAACUAAAAACCAUGAUGGGCGACAAUUUGACAUACAACGUUUAA